AUGGUAGGUGAGUCAUUAAACGAACGCCUUAUCAACCGUAUUUUUACGGAAACUCAAGUUACCAAACUAUACAAUCUGUACGGACCUACGGAAACGAAUAACGUAACUUGUUAUACAUAUAAGCCAGGUGAUGUUGUAAUUGAAACGAUAGGGCGGCCCAUUGCCAAUACACAGAUAUAUCUUUUAGAUGCACAAGGUGAACCUGUACCAUUGGGAGCAGAAGGAGAACUGUAUAUUGGUGGUGCUGGUGUGGCCCGUGGCUAUCUCAACCGACCUGAACUUACCGCGGAACGAUUUUUACCUGAUCCAUUCAGUGACAAACCAUCAGCACGCAUGUACCGCACUGGUGAUCUGGCACGCUAUCUACCUCAUGGAAAUUUAGUAUAUUUGGGACGCAUUGACCAACAGGUUAAAAUCCGUGGCUUCCGAAUUGAGCCCGGCGAAAUUGAGGCCCGUUUAAUGGAACAUCCAACGGUGCGCGAAGUAGUUGUACAGCCAUGGACGAACGGGAUUGAUUGUGAUGCCCGUCUGGUGGCCUAUGUAAUAGCCGAUCCAGAUGCGUCACUCGCUAACAAUCUACGUACAUAUUUGACAUCUCUUUUGCCUGAUUAUAUGGUGCCAGCAGCAUAUGUGUGUAUAUCAUCAUUGCCACUCACGCCAAAUGGCAAAUUGGAUAGACGUGCACUUCCAGCACCGGACGAUGAAGCAUUUGCUCGUCAACUAUAUGAAGAACCGCAAGGCGAAACGGAAGAAAAACUAGCCGCCAUCUGGAGUGAUCUGUUGGGUAUUGAUCGAAUUAGUCGGAAUGAUAAUUUCUUCGCGUUGGGCGGGCAUUCUUUGCUGAUUGUACGAAUGCUUACACAGUUACGAAAGGCCGGAUUAGAUACUAAUAUCAAGAAAAUAUUUGAUACUCCCUCGUUAGCCGCACUAGCUGAAACUAUUGGCAAAUACCA